AAACCAUGGUUCCAUUUAUGUCCUAGGGGAUGUGCUUCAUUCGGACCACCCGACCAGAAACUAUGGUUAUUUACACCCCACAGGAACGCUUUGAGAUCGGACAGGCCAAGGUUCUUCGCCACAGUGUCAGUGACAAGGUCACAGUUAUUGGAGCUGGAAUUACUGUGUAUGAAGCCUUAGCAGCUGCUGAUGAGCUUUUGAAACAAGAUAUUUUUAUCCGUGUCAUCGACCUGUUUACCAUUAAACCUCUGGAUGUCACCACCAUCAUCUCCAGUGCAAAAGCCACAGAGGGCCGGAUCAUUACAGUGGAGGAUCACUACCCGCAAGGUGGCAUCGGAGAUGCUGUCUGUGCAGCCGUCUCCAUGGAUCCUGACAUUCAGGUUCAUUCGCUGGCAGUGUCAGGAGUGCUCCAGAGUGGGAAGUCCGAGGAAUUGCUGGAUAUGUAUGGAAUUAGUGCCAGACAUAUCAUAGUGGCCGUAAAAUGCAUGUUGUUGAACUAAAAUAGCUGUUAGCUUUGGUCUUUUGGCCUCUUUACCCUUUGUUUGUGUUUGUUCCAAAACCUCAUUUAAAUCUAUACUGUCAGGCUUUGUUUCUUAAAAGCAAAGCCAGCUAACACCUUCUUUCAUCCCUAGUUCGGAAAUUCAAGCUAACUACUUAUCCUUUAAACGGUGACUAUGUAUGCAAGUACCACUGUAAUUUUUGAAUCAUUAAAGGGAGUUACACAACUUUAAGUGAAAAAAAUAGGUAAAAAAACAACCACCUGAUAGUAAGUUUUCUGAUGAGACUAUAGAUAAGUGGUAGAGGUCAUCAAUUCUUCAAAAGUGUUUUCCUUCGUAACUGGUAGAGGUAAUAGUUUUUUCAGUGUAUUUCCUUCAUGAGUAAAGAAAAUGUGAAUUGAAGUAUAGAUUGCAGUAGCCUAGGUUCCACAGCACAAUAACACCACCUACCGCUGUUCCCACCUUGGAAUUCUGUGCCAUGCCACCUGCAGCCACCCUGGAAUUCCCUUCACUGUUUGCCUCCACAGUUGAGAGGUUGUCAGGCAGCAGCGAAAGCUCGUUAGGAUGUCCUGUACUGCUUGUGACGAAGGUCUCCACACUGUACUGUUCAAGUCAAUGUUAAUAAAGCAUUUCAAAACCA